GAGGUGGCGGGGGUGACAUUGGAGGGGGGCGGCGGUGGCGGAGCUGCCAUCAUGCUGGCGUCGCUGGGGCGGUCGGCGGGGCGGCUGCUGCGGGCCGGGAGCGGCGCGACCGGGCUGCGGCACGCGGGCGACGGGGUGCACAUCCAGCCGCGGUACCGGCAGUUCCCGGAGCUGACGCGGGCGCAGGUGAUCCGGAGCGAGCUCCUCAGCGGCUUCAUGUGGUUCUGGAUCUUCUGGCACUUCUGGCACAGCUCGGACGCGGUGCUGGGCCACUUCCCCUACCCCGACCCUUCGGCCUGGACGGACGAGGAGCUGGGGAUCCCUCCGGACGACGCGGAAUAGGCGCCGCCGGCCGCGGUACACUGACCCAGCAUUACCUAACCUUAAGGACAUGCUGUCUCUCUUUCUAGAGAGACACCUGUGCAGUUUUCCCCUUAAAGGUUUGAGGCUUUUGCUCAUUUCUGAUUAAUUACCCUCUCUCUUAAGCUGCUGUGUCACAUUAUGGCUCUAAAACUAAAACAGCUUCACCUACUGCUGAAGGCAGCAUGGGUGCUAUUGAGGAGGUCCUUCCCUUGCUCUUGGUGGUGGGAAAAGGACAGGUGAAAAGGUUCUCAGGAUUCUCUUCUGUCACUUGCAGGUCCCUGGAACUAAAGAGGUCCCUGGAACCAAAGCUUUGGCUCCUCCAUCCUUAUUUCAAUAAAAGUUAACCAUAAACAAACUCUAAGCUAAA